AUGGAAGAAAACCUCAACGAGUACCACCCAAUCCAAAAGAAGCCAAUUUUCAAACGAGUAAAACGAACCUUUAAGCUAGCAAGCAUGUUUUCUUAUAGUAUUCUUAUAACACAAAUUCAAGAGCUAAUCGUGAUGUGGUUCAUUGGUAACUACCUCGGGGCCAAAGAACUCGAAGCAUUCGGAAUAAGCUCAAUCUGGGUCGAGCUGACAGCUACUUCAGUCUUCAUCGGAAUUUCUGGAGCUAUUGACACUUUAUGCUCCCAAGCCCACGGAGUUGAAAAUAUCAGGCUCCAGACCCUUAUUUUACACAAGUCUUUAUUUAUGGGUUUUCUUUGCUGUAUCCCAUCAGCAAUCACAUGGGGUUUCAGUACCCAAAUAUUUGAUAUAUUUGGCCUAGAAUGCAGCGAAGAAGCUGGGGAAUAUUUAAGAUAUUUUAUUUAUGCAAUGCCAGCGAAAUGUAUAUAUGAAAUUGUUAGUCAUUUUAUGUUCACACAAUAUGUUUUAAUCCCUGAAUUUAUUUGUAGCUCUACAGAUACCCCUCUGCAGAUUCUUCUUAACUAUCUGUUAGUCCCUGCAUAUGGUAUGAAAGGCGCUGCAAUUGCAGGAGGUAUAUGUGCAUGGGUCAGGCUUGGGAUUUUUUUUAUAUCACUUUUUAUUAUGAAAUGCCAUAAAAAUAACUGAUCUGGCUUUGAUUUUUCCAAUUUUUUUGAUAAUUGGGGAGAAUUAGUGAAACUUUCAGUUUCUUCGACAGCACAUAUAUUUGUGGAAUGGACUGCGUUUGAGAUUUCUGCAUUAUUUGCGGCUUGGAUUAAUGAUGGAGAUGUAAGUUUGGCUGCGUGGGUUAUAUUACUAAAAGUUUUAUUAAUAGAAGAGACUAUUUCUACAGGGUUUGGAGAAGCUGCAGCUACUUUAAUUGGUAAUAGCGUGACAAAGCUGAAAAUAAGCCUAUCAAAACAAUAUAUGAAAAUCAGUAUAAUCCUUAGUGCUUUAGUGAAUGGAAUGAUAUUGUUAGCUUUGUUUAUCAGUAGGUAUGAGUUUGGAAAAUUAUUUUUUAUGAUGGAUGAGGAUGACUCCAGCGAAGAUAUAGUGAGAAAAAUCGGCGAUAUUUUCCCGCUAUAUGCAAUUAUAUAUGCUUCUGAUAGUAUAUAUUUAGUAAUUGUUGGGGCGAUGAGGGCUUUAGGUAAGCAGCCUUUAAAUUUAGUUAUUGCAAUAGGGGCUGAUUUAAUAGUAGGAGUUCCAUCACAGUAUAUUAAUUUAUAUAUGAAUGAUAUUUAAAAAUAAUGCAAAAAAGCUUUAAAAAUAGCCAAUAAAUAUCAUAUAUAAAGGCAUAUAUUUGGAAUUUUAAUUGGACUAGAAUUGGGUGGAAUAAUCCUUGGGAUCAUGAUCUGCUAUAUCAUAGAAAUCGCUCCCCUGUUUUACAUUUUUGCAAAGCUAGAUUGGAAUAAAGAAUCCCAAAUAGCCCGACUAAGGUCACUUGAAGAGAAUAAUGAAAAAGGCAUAGAAUUAUUAGAUUAA